AUGAUUAGAAUAGUUAUAAAAGAGGCAAGAGAUAUAAAACGAAUUAAAACUUUACUAGAAGAUAAUAAAUGGUUGAAUAGGUCAAGAAAAAUAGAGAAUGUAAAUGAUCAAUACUAUGUUUAUACAACUUUAAAAGAGUUACCAUCAGAAUUUUCAGCUUUUCAACACGAUUAUUAUAACGGUGAAGAUGACCAAAAACAGGAGAAGAAAUGCACAUUGGAGUCGAUAGUAGAAGAUUAUAAUAAAACUCACAACUCAAAUUUAAAUCUACCGAGAAGAUGGUCAAUAUACCCACCAAUGUUGUUAUUUAAUAACCCAAAUACUUUGGAAACUACCAACAAUAAUAUACCAACAGACCUUUGCCAAUUGAUACUACAACACCAAUUGGAUUUAUUUGGAACAAACAACUUAACUCACAUUGCAAUAAAUAAACCAAUUACAGAAUCAAAUAAUGUCAUGAGAAAACCAUUAAAUAUAUUACCAAUUUAUGGAGAUUUUGGACCCAAUUUACCUAACGAUCAUUACCCAACUUCCAAAGAUUUUCAGGAAGCAUUUUGGUGUACUGUAACUCAAAAUGGAAUAUAUCAAACUUGGAGUCCUGAAUAUACAAUGUUUUCAAGAGGUAAUAUCAAGGAGAAGAAAAGAAUUCUUGACAAUUUCCAAAAUUUAAAAGGUACGGUAGUGAUUGAUUUUUAUUGUGGUAUUGGAUAUUUUUCGUUAAGUUAUUUAAAAAAUGGUGGGAAAUUAUUUUGUUGGGAAUUGAAUCCUUGGUCAAUUGAAGGAUUUAGAAGAAGUUUGGAGAAAAAAGGAUAUAAAUAUAAAAUUAUCAAGGAAAAUGAAAAGGAAUUUGAAAUUAAUAAUGAAAUUAAUAAUUAUGAUGCUUUUUUGUUUCUAGAGAGUAAUGAGAAUAUUCCAAUACGAUUGAAUAACGUUCCUAGCAAUAGCUUAAAUAUAAGUCAUAUAAAUUUAGGUUUAUUGCCAACAUCAAAACCAAGUUGGUCAAUUGCUAAAAAAACGGUACUACAAAAAUCCAAGAUCAACAAAGUUAAUGGUGUAUCAACAAUUAUACAUGUACAUGAAAACGUUCAUAUAAAUGAAUUUGAAAAUUUAAAAUUUAAAAUAGAGAAAGAGUUCAGUAGUAAAGUUAUUCAUAUUGAAAAAAUUAAAACUUUUGCUCCUGAUAUUUGGCAUGUUGUUUUUGAUGUCGAAAUGUGA